AAAGUAUUAAUGCAUUUGAAAAGUAUUAAUGCAUUUGAAAAGUAUUAAUGCAUUUGAAAAGUAUGAAUGCAUUUGAAAAGUCUUAAUGCAUUUGAAAAGUCUUAAUGCAUUUGAAAAGUAUUAAUGCAUUUGAAAAGUAUUAAUGCAUUUGAAAAGUAUUAAUGCCUUUGAAAAGUAUUUGGAAUACUACUUUUGAAAAGUAUUGACACAGUUUUGAAAGUUCUCAAAUGCAAAGCAAAAUACUCAUUGUGUGGUUACUUCACUGAUACGGUGCCCAUUUGGUGUCCACUUUCUUCCCAUGUGAGCCAAGCUCAGUUCUAGUUAAAUAUAUAUAUAUAUAUAUCAUAAUUUGAACUGCUAUGUGAAAGUGAAUUUUACACGUAUUUUUUUUUAACCUAUUUAGGAUUUGGCCAACAUUUUGUGUUGGAUUAUUUUAUAUUUGAGAAUAAUAUCUUAGAGAGGGUCAUAGGCCAACUUUCUGUGAUCUAGGCAGGCCUAAUCAUUCUACUUUUUUAUUGGUUAUUAUUUGUACUAUUAAUACUUAUUAUUAUUUACUGCUAUUUGUACCUCUGAAAUGAUGCUAAUAAUAUAACUAUAAUGACACUGGGUAAUUCACAUAAGAAGUGUUUGUGUUGCAAUUUUUUGCUGCAAUAUCAAUGGCAUUGGUAACACAACAAGAGAGAGAGAGAGAGAGAGAGAGAGAGAGAGAGAGAGAGAGAGAGAGAGAGAGAGAGAGAGAGAGAGAGAGAGAGAGAGAGAUAUUAUGCACACAAUGGCGACCGAAGAUAUGUUUCAAAACCUUUGGUUCCUUAUCCGGGGACUAGCUCUCACUCUGCCAUUGGGCCGUGAGGUCACGUGGUAAAACUAACUUUACAAGGGCUGCUCGCAAGUAGGAGGGCUAUAUGGAGCAGAAAAACGACAAAGCUAGAAAAAUACAUUUCCACUGCAGAAAUUAAUGAUCAUGAGCUCGUAUUUGAUGGACUCUACCUACAUUGAUCCGAAAUUUCCUCCAUGCGAGGAAUAUUCACAAAACAGCUACAUCCCCGAGCACAGCCCCGAAUAUUACAGCCGCGCCAGGGACCCUAGCUCUGGUUACCAGCAUCACCAUCAGGAGUUAUACCCUCCGCGGGCGAGCUACCAAGAGCGCCAAUAUAAUUGUGCAAGCAUCCCUGAACCUGACACGCAAAGGGGACAUGGACUACCCCAUUCUGCGCACCUGCUUGCAGGGAAAGGGCAGCCAGCCUCAUGUGAGACCCCACAGUUACCCAUGUCCCCCAUCACUCCACCAGCUGCAUCCUCCGCCUGCAACCAAGCUACACCGGAGCAUCCAAACAGCUCAGCCUCCUCCAAGCAGCCCGUGGUAUACCCAUGGAUGAAGAAAAUUCACGUCAGCACCGCGAACCCGAAUUACAAUGGACCGGAUUCCAAGCGGUCUAGGACAGCUUACACUCGACAGCAGGUCUUAGAAUUGGAGAAGGAAUUCCACUAUAACCGCUAUUUAACUCGGCGGAGGCGCAUUGAGAUAGCCCAUACCUUGGUUCUCUCCGAACGACAAAUCAAGAUUUGGUUUCAGAACCGCAGGAUGAAGUGGAAAAAAGACCAUAGGCUUCCUAACACCAAAGUGAGAUCCUCCACCACGGGCAUAUCCUCCGGGUCCAACACAACCUCAUCAGCCGGUGUUGUCGCCACUUCCUCGGCCACUGGUAGCAUUACUCCCGAUGAACUGUCCGGAGUAGAGGAUGGCGAGGAUAUUACAAGGUUAUAAGGCGAAAAGAAAACCACUUUAAGAAGGGGGAUAGAGAAUGACUGAUUAUUUAUAGUAUAUUAUAUAUUUUGUUUUCGUAGGUAUUUGUGCGGUUUCAUUUAAGUCCAAAGUUAUAUAAAAUGCAUGUUAUAUCGCAUGGAUUUAUACGAAUACUGAUGAGUUAUUUUUACGUGACACAGGGUUUAAGUUAUUUAAUGCUGAAUCAAGAUUGUUUUUUUUACGAGAAAAAUGUUUUGAAUGAAGGAAAUUAUUGUACAUUUAAUCUAAAUGUUAUUGUGAGCCAUUUGUUUGCCCUACCGCCCAAGUUGAAAUGCACAAUUUAUUUAUUUCAAGCUCAACACUGGAAGAAUGUCAUUAUUAGGCAAUCAUAGUUAUUUUUGGUAAAAAUGCUGGAACGUACCAAUGGAACAUUGAUCUUGAACGCAUAUGUUUAGGAUUAUAACAAGGUGAAUUAGCUCCUUGCUUUCAGAAACAGGAUUUUUAAUUUACAAUCUAGUUUGUGGUGUGUUUAGCAGAUUAUUGUGAAAUGCAAUACACAGAGUUUAGUGUAUUUGUUAUAAUCAUAUUGGUCAAUAAAACAGUGGGUGUACUAGUUUUACGCGCGUUUGGAUCGAUUCAUUCAUGGCCAACAGAGUGCCUAUUGUUUUGGUGACUGUGGCUAUUGAUGUGGUGGCCGUUAUAUAAAAUAGUAUAGUCACAAUUUACCAAGUUCUUUAUUGAUGGUUCAGCCUAACAACGCAUUAUUUGUUUGGCAAUGUUUAGCUAUAAAUUGUUUAGCCUAUGCCAAAUAUGAUACUGACGAUUUGAAAUGUUCCUUUAGAAUCGUUCUCGAGGUCGGCACUCAUAUACAGAUCCACCGUUCAUAUCCCCCCUUAUCCAAUAAUAAUCCAUAAUUCUACUCCAAAUAAAGGGUUAUGGCCUGGCUGCAUGCAUCAUAUUAUCCUACAUGUAGCUCAUUAUUCUCAAGGACAUUCAAUUAACUUGGCAAGCCAUUCCACCAGGCCCUCAACCAUGCCCCUUCAGAUUAUACUGGCUGGCUGGAGCACUACUUCCUGCUCAUUACUGAACAUAUAGCUCUGCACAUACCUUUUGGAAAUCAAUUUCAUAUUGCCAAAAUAUGACACAUAAUCAGUUGUGUUGAUGGUAUAUGGGCUCCUAUUAAUUAAUUGUUUAGCCCCAAUUGCAGGUUGCUUCUUUUCUUCUAAUAAAGUCAAUAACUCGAGGUCAGAUUCUGAAAGGCCUAAGGCCUUGAAGGACUACAUCGUGGACUAUAAGUGAGAAUAUAGCCUGCAAAAUAUUGUAUUCGGAUUAUAUCUACCAGCAAGACCUGUUGCCUCUUAAAAAUAUGCAUCCAGAUUUUCCAAGAUGAUCUUGUAUAAAACAAUAGUUUGGAUAAUAGUGUUUUAUAUGCAUGCACGUAGGCCUUCUCAAUAUGCAAUCAUUUGUACCCUAUAUACAAUGGAAUGUUAGUUGUAAGUUUGAGAUGUUCACCAAUUGUCAUUCGUAUAAUGGUCUAUGUUUGUUGCGCCCUGAGACCUCCCCCGUCAAAGUGAAGAAUAUGCUUUUAAAAAGUGGCGCUUGAGGCAACGUCAUCGUGACCUCUGCUCUUGGUAAGUAUAGCCUAUACUGCUCAAGCAUCGUGGUGGGAUUUUCGAUAGGACUAUGGCAAUGUUGUGGACGUGUUGUCACCAUGCAACUGUAAUAAUUACAUACGACAGUCAUAUUGCGCCUUUGAUCUUAUCUGGGCCCUAGCCACGAAACAGGCCGUCCAAUGAACAGUUCUCCAAAACGAAGUUCAUUCUAGAAGAACUUUUUCUUAUUCUGCUCAAAAUGUUGUGCAAAAAAAUGCAAUGUUUGAAAAGAGCGCAAUAGUUUGAUAGAUGAUUUAAACUGUGUGACUUGAAUAGAAAUGAUAAAACGGCUUGCUAGGUGGGGGGCAAAGAGCACAAAGGGGAGAGGUAUUCUAAACCAUCAAUCUUAGCGCCGCAGAGUAACGAAUUAUUUGGGUCUGAAUAUAUUAAUUUGGCAACAGACUCUCUCAGAAAUAAACCCAAAUCGCUAACUAGUAAAGUUACGAAAUAAAACUAUCAGGGCCAAAAAGGAAACUUAACACCGUGACUUGGACAUGACUUUGGAAUGGCUGUUGGAACGCCCGUAAAGCCCUAAAACAUGCAGAAUUCCAGUAGCCUUUAUGUAGCUGCCUGGACAAUUGAGAGACAUUAAUGUGUAGCUACGCCACAGUCUCACCAUCCCUCCAAUCUCUUUCUAGAUCCUGUCGCCUCCAUGUAGCGAGACUGAAAAGGUACUUUAUUGAAGUUUGGGAUCAACCGCGAGAAGGCCGAGUUCAGUCGGAGGGCACAUUUUCUGUCCCAUUAGGUCCGUUUCAGCCGGGAUGGCCGACCUUUGCAACCCCCCGUGACCUGACUGGGUCUCUAUACUUGUACCUUCUGUGUGUGCCCUCGUAGGUCGUCCCCGGUCCUUGCGUGGCCUCGUCAGGGCUCUGGACUUUCUUUGUGUGUUUUUCUACUUGAGGGGCCGGUAGAAGGGCACCUCUGAAUGUGUUGCUCUUUUGUUGCUCUCAGUGGUGACCCGAGAGUGCGGUGAACUGUCGGUCACUUCUCUUCCAUUGUGCGCCCUGUAGGACCUAGACCCUUUGUAGGACAUCCUACAAAUUUGAGGGACUUCCAAGCGGUUACUUCGGAGCUUAUGAUCGGUCUGCAUGUGAGUGUUACUCAUGUCGAAUGCAUUAUUACCUUUUUAUAUUAGAAUUAUGUACAUAACAAAAAUAGUUUUGAUGUGCAUAGCUUCAGUGUAAUCUCACGAGUACAUGUUCGAGGAUAGUAAUUCAAUUUCAAUAUGAUUAAAUUAAGGAUUAGUAGACCUAGACCUAUGUAUAUAUGCACUUUCCGGCGUAGUAUAGGCUAAAGCCUACCUACAUUUACCAUUUCAAAUGCAAAUUUGUUCCUGGACAUGCCUUUGAUUCUUACAAUAACAUAACCAGUUCUAAAAUAAAUAAAAUCAUUUUUUUUAACAGAAAUAUUUUUAAAACCAUAUGCUGUUGCUAUCUAUCAUUUGUAGGCAUAUUGUGUAUUUUAUUACAAACUUUUGUACCUCAUGUAGCAAAAACCUAUCUUUGCAGUUGACUGAAAAUCAGUUUAGGAUCUAUGGUCAAAGUGGGCCUACGAAUAUCUAGACUUAAUUCUCUCUCACCAUAUGUCAGCAUCAGAGAUGCUCAUUAGAGAUACUGCCGGGGAUCUCCAUGCAAAACAUUAUAUGGCAGGUGUGUUUCAUAGAACUGUAUUAGGAAGUAUUCCCCUCUUACAGUUUGAACGUUUGACUUUCUCUCAGAUUCAUCUCCAUAUAGAUAUUUAGGCUAUGAUAUGUUACAGUAUGUAUUUGUGUGGGUAACAGACUAUAUAGUGACUCGUAAUCACUAUAUUAGUGAGGUGGCAGGUAGCCUAGUGGUUAGAGCGUUGGACUAGUUGGGCUAGUAACCGAUAGGUUGCACGAUUGAAUCCCCGAGCUGAC